AUGUACCAUACCUCCCACCCGAAAACACACUCACACUCAACACAGGCGUUCUCUAUGAUCUAAUACCGACAUAUACACAGUCGUCAGUUUAAAGCGACACAAUGCAACAAAUAGCAGUCAAGUGAGACAGACAACAGUGUGAGCAUUUAUUGUAAGUAACAUUUGAGUAGCCUAUAAACAAUUGUUCGUUUGUGGCAUAUACUUUUCUGGUCGUACCUUCCCUUUAAAAAACAAGGAUAAACCCUUUAAAAAACAAGGGUAAGAUGAGACAUUCCAAUGUCAUUUCUGCAGCACUCUUUCUGCUCACAUCUUUCUGAAGUUUCCCUUCUACCUUCCCUGCCCAGUUUAAGAAGUGAGUCAUUGGGUAGGCUAGCAGUCCAUUCUAUCAGAGCGCUAGAGAGAGUGGAUGGGAUGGAUAGAGAUUCUGGAUAGAGCGGAGGUUAGUCACUGAUAAGCAUUAACGUUACAUAGGAGGGUGGACCGAUGGUGAAAUACGGAGGGCGCCGAAUCUAGUUCCUCUACGAAGCACUUGUCUACCAAACGUGAAUCUCAGUCAAGGGUCAAGAAGAAUUGAUUCUCGGUCAAGAAGUGAGUUUCAGCAAAUGAAAAUGCUUCACCAGAACCGACCCGUGAAUCCCCAGUACGAAGGCCAGGGAGGCGGCUCCUCCUCACUGCGGAUACUCAGCAACAACAGCCAGUCUCAGGAGGGCAACAGGAAACAAGUCAAGAAGGACGGCAACUUCAACUUCCUGGGUCAAGACGUUGACAUCAUGAUGGGAGGGGACGAGAACCGAAACCAGGUACGUCCUUGUAACCUGGGCUUGUUGGAUCGUGACCAGCCCCACCCUCCCUCAUCCUCUUCCAACCACUACGGUCCGGGGCCCCUGUCUCCACUCUCCCGCCUUCCCUGCUGGAGCCCCCUGGAUCCCCUGCCUGAGAUUGAGAGUGGAGACAAUGGGUACAGAAGAGUCGCCCCCGACGGCGCAGAGGAGGGCAAGAUGCAGGAGGAGAUGGGGAGGAUGAGCAAUGACGAGAAGGAGAAACAAGAGCUGAGGGGAGGCAGCAUGAAACAGGGAGUGGUGGUGGAAGAGGAGGAGGUGGAAGUGGAGGAUUCAGAGGAAUGGGGCAACAGCGACUCAGAGUUUGAGUUCAGGUCCAGCGGCAGCCUGUCCUCUCUCAAUAUGGAGAGUGGAGGCGAGGGGGCUGGGAUGGGGGGGUGGGGCAGACUGGGGAACAGCCUGCUUGAUGGGGGAACGUUGUCGGACUCGGACACGGACUGCGGUGAGCUGCCUGAGCUGGAGGACGCCGUGUGGACCCUGAGGGACCGCGAGCGCUUCAAGGCCCAGGAGAUGGAGAAGCACCAGGUCCAGCUCACCAUGUACCGCAGGCUGGCUCUGAUCCGCUGGGUUCGCACCCUGCAGGGCCGCGUCCAGGAGCAGCAGAACCGCCUCCAGUCCAGCUUUGACGUCAUCCUCGACCACAGGAAGGAGCUGCUGCGCAUGGGUGCUGGCACCACUGCAACUGCCACCGCCAGCCAAUCGUAGAGCAAGAAGGAAGAGUGGAGGCCAUAACAGGAAGUGGUCACUAGCAGAGGCAGGACAAUCUUUGAAGGGGAAUACAAAGGCAUUGUUGCCAUUGGCGAUGGUUAAUUUUGCUUAUUUUGUCCCAGGCUUAACUUUCCCUGAACUAGACAAUCUCCAAGCCUCCUCUGAGAUUUUACUCUGUUGUGGUGUUUUAAUAAGUGGAUAAUGCAGUUUGUUUUUUAUUUAUUGGCGUGCUACCCUGUGUCACUUUCCAAACAUAUCCAUGUCACCUUUCUUCUUGAGAGCCAGGAUAUCUUUUUUCACCCUAAUUCCGCCAAUCUAUUGAAAUAUAUAAAAUAUUAUAUGAGAGUUUAAGAGUUUAAUAAAUGCUUGUAUCUUAAAAUGUUCUA